AUGUAAUAAAAUUUAGAGCAAAUCUAUUAAUAAUUACCUGAAGCAAACAUACAGACAAUCUCUUAUGAUUUAGACUUAAAAAUUAUAAACGAGGAAGACAAAGAAAAAAAGCAAUAUCAGUAUCCAGUAUUUGUUAUUUAAAUUUUAGACUAUUACUAAAGAAUGUAUGCAUCCAAAAGAUUGCUAUGAACUUGAGUUCAUUAUGAAAGAAAUGCAGGCGGGUGGAGCUUUUUAAUGCAAGAUUUGCAAAAAAUCAGCAACCAAAGUAGAGGAUUUGGUAAAAGAUUUAAGGUAUAGAGUUCGAAUUGAAUUUAAUGAAUUUGUAACUAACAUAAUGAUCAUUGAGGGAAAAUUAUUUAAUAAAUCCUCUCGAAAAAAAAGAUUCUUGGAUUUUUUCACAAAAAUUGAAAUUAGAAUUCUUUUUAAAGGAUUAUUUGAACGAUUUGUACCUAAAGAAGCUUCAAUUAAUUAAUUAUUAAUUCAAGAAUUAAGAUCAAAUAGUACUCAAAGAUCAGGGACUAAACAAAGAUAUGAGUUUUGGGCUUUCUGUUUAUAAGAUAAAGUAAAAAUAACUAUACCUGUAAGAAUAAUUGGAUGUAAACAUCUUGAGUGUUAUGAAUUAACAAGUCUUUUGCUAUUACAACAAGAACAGCAAGAACCUUUUUAUUGUUGUAAUUAUCCAGGUUGUGAUAACAUUAAUAAAAAAAUUGAUAUUUCCUCUAUUCAAAAUUUAUUUUCUAAAAUAGUCAUUGAUAAUGAUUUAUUGUAAUUAAUAAAAAUUAGUAACCCAUAUUCAAUGAAGUUUGUAUUUAAUUAUUAAACUUAAAAAUUUGAAGAGGAUGUAACAAGAUAAAAUGGAAAAAUAAUUGAUCCAACUAUUGAAAAAUACUUUUAGAAAAAUUGUUAAAAUCCUAAAAUUAGUUUUGAGAACUUUUAACAAUAAGUUUUCUAACAAUUAGCAUAAGUGUGCCAAAAUGACCUUUUUAAAGAUUCAUAACAAUAAUUAUAAUAAUUAGAAAAACUUCUUAGAUAUUAAAAAUACCGUAAUUUCGAUGUUGAUAUGAAAGAUUAACUCACUGGAAUGAUAAUUGAGUAACCAGUUAGAUGUAAGAAUUGCAAGGAUCUAAGCAAAUGCCUAGAUUUAAAAAGUUAUUGUUGCGAAUUCAUUAAAACUAAAAUUGAAAGUGCACCAACAGAUUCUUUCGCGUGCCCUUUAUGUAAAACCAAAUAUCAGAGCAAAAUCUUAUAAUGCUCUUUAUAGAACUACAUUUAUUUAGAUUAAAAUUUAUUGUCUAGAAUCUUUAAAGAAUUGUCUUACAGAACAUCAUUUAAAUUUACUUAUUAAGGUCGGGAUUAUAUGAUGCAAGAAUUUUAAGAAAGAUCAAAAUUAUCAAAAUAGGAUUAUAUUGAUGAUUUAAAAGCAAAAAAGCAAAAUUUAAAUAUAGAAUUCAAAUCUAUUACUUGUAAAUUAAAUCAAAAUUAAAAGUUAUAAAUUCCUCUUUUAAUAGGCUAAUGUCCUUUAAAAACUGUAAUUGAUUUCUCAACAUUUUAUCAAUUAUUGAUAAAUUGUGAAUUUAGGCUUGAUUAAGGCCUAAUUGUCUGUAAAUGCUCAGAAUGCAAUACAAAACCAAUUAAAUAAAUAUCAGGAAAUAUCUUUUUUCAUGAAGCAUUUGACCAUGCUCUUAAAUAAUUCUAUAAAACAAACAGUACACAAACUUCAUUUUCUUUUGAUUUUUAAAGAGAUUAGCUUACAUCUAGUUUUGCAAUACCUGAUUAAUAGGCUUUAAAUAUUGUUAAUAUGAAUAAAAGAUAAGGAUUCUUAGAUAUGUUGAAUGAUGAAGAAUAUUAAAGUGUAUUUGGAUAGAAAACAUUCGAUGGAAAAUUUUUUUAGAUUUUAAAAAUAGAGCAAAAUGUAUGUGAUGGAGUUUCAAUAGAAUGUAAUGCUUAAGGAGUAGCAAGUAAUCUAAAAGAAAAGAAAGAUUAAAUGAAUGAAUAUGCAUAGAAUAAUUAGGAUUUAAAAAAAUGGGGAUUUAAAGUGUAAACAAUUUAGAUUUAGCUACAUAAUGACCAAAUUAUUACAAAUAAAGGAGUUUUACAAGAAUGAUUAAGAUAUGUAAUGAC